AUCACAGUGAGAGUUCUAUCCAGUUCGCAGACGGACAGUGACAGAAGGAAAGUCGUUGGUAGGCGUGGUCCCCGAAUUGCAAUUGGAGGAACGAGUUGGUAAAGUAACGUUUCUUAUUAAGUGAUAGGGUUUAGAAGCCUGUCAGUCACGAAUUUGCAGCACCGAUUGGCUGUGAUGAAAACAGGGUGUGACUAGAGGCGGGGUUUGUGGUCUGGUCCACAGUUACAGUGUCCAAAAAAAAAAAAAAACCCGCAGUGGCAAAGCUUUGGAGGGUGGAAAAGUUACAACAGAAAAAAACAAAACAAAAAAUAACAGUAAAUAAACACGCACAACAUUCGCAGAGGGAUAAGCCUGUGAAGAAACUAGAACUGAAGUCACAUUGCUGCUGCUCCAGGCCCACUAGUUAGAGGACAAUGGCUGACCUUGAUCUGAGUCUGAGUGAUGCUCUCGGAGACAGCCCACCCCCUGGUGUUGAGGAGCCGGUAGUGCAGACAGACUUCAUUGCGUCACUGGAGGCCGAAAAAUUUGAUGAUCUCGUCGGGGAGACUGUGGGCAAGAGCGACUACCGCCCCCUGCUGGACAACGAUGAGGAGGCCAAGAGCAACAGCUCUGCUGCAAGCGAGAAUGCUGUGCUGGAGAACGGAGAGCAUGAUGGGCAGGAGGCACAGAAAACAGCUCCCUCCCUGGUGAAGUCAGACACGCAGACUCCAGCAUUCGUUCAGGAGGUGAAGAUGGAAAUACCAGCAGCAAUGAAACCACAGCCGAGCCCCUCUGUGAACCUACUUUCAGAUCUUACUGCAGUGCCACCAGCGAGCCCCACAGCACCGGCCUCGUCUGCAGGGGAGCUCAAGGGGGACGAUGCUGCUGCUUCAGUCUCACUGAAGGAACCGGCACAUCAAACCACAGAAGCUGUGAGAACGGUAGAUCUGAAACAGAAUGUAGCAGUGCCCCCUGCACUUCCAGCACAAACAGAGAAGGCUGAGAAACCUCCAUCAAUCAUCCCCAUAGCUGAACCCCAGAAACCCUUUCCUGCAACCGAACCCCCCAAAUCACCGGUCACGCCAGUAACAGAACUCCCCAGCGCUGCAGCCAGCCCUGCAACCCAGACCCUAAAACCAUCACAGACAGAGGGACCGCCAAAGACCCCUGAAAACAAGAGCGCAGAACCGGCAAAACCUCCAGUGUCUGAGCCCCCGAACCCCCCAGAUACGAAGCAGACAGAGGCCCCUGGAGGAGGAGCAGUCAUUGCUGACCCCUUGGCUUCACUCCUGCAAGGAUGGACUGACCAGCUGCAGGGAAGCAGAGGCUUUCCACAAGACCUGCCACUGUUCACUCCCAGCGUUUCCACCGUGAUCAGCAAACACACCAGCCAGUGUGGGGUUGACAUGUCCGCUUCCACUUCCACCACAAUCAAGGCCGCAGUGACUGUAGCAUCAAUGCCAGGUGUCCCGGGCGAGGGUCUUGUCAACAUUGGCAACGUUUCCCAGCAAGUGCCUCAAGUCUUGAUGGAACAGGCAUGGGGCUGCCCAGGAAAUGACUCAGUUGUGGUUACAAUGUUGAAAACCUCCAAUGGUCACAAGUCCGGCCGCGGUCAGAAAACUCUGGAGCUGGAGCCGGGGAUGAAGGCAGACCUGGGCAGUGGUGGUGGUGGUGGUGGUGUUGGGGAGGAGGAGGAGGAGGUUUGUGAAAUCACAGAGACGAGAGAGAUGGAAGUGGUGGGUGUCGUCCUGGAGAGGAAGCAAAAGAAAAAGAAGAGAAGGAAGCCGAAGAUAACAGAGCUGCAGGAGGAGGAGCCCGAAGACCCCCGAGCGCACAGAAUAAAACAGUUCCUCACCGAACUGGAAUCAGGGGACUUUCUCAAGACAGAGGGCGCUGCAGGGAGCCAGGCUGGCACAGGUACAGCUGAAGCUCCAGUUUUAGAAAAGUCCCAGGAUAUCUCUCCCUCCUCCUCCAAGGAAGAUCAAAAGCAGGGGCGGGAUGGAGAAGAAUCUGAGCCCAGGGGCCCAACAAGUCGUCCGUCAAUGGCCACAGAUAAGCAGAGACAUGCUCAGAGGAGAGAGGAGAUGUGGGAGAGAGAGGAGGGAGUCGUCAGGAAUAAGGGCAAGAAGAACAAGCAGCAGAGGAAGAAGCAGUAUGAAGAAGGGAUGGAGAAGGUCUGGGGAGGCGAGGUUAAGCACCAGGGUUCAUCAGUGCACAGCAAAAAGGAAGCUGCGUCGACACAGGUCCAGCAGGCAGCAUCAAAGAACACCCCUGAUGUUGGCAAGGAGAUGGUCUGUGAAGCUGUCCCUGAGAAAGGCGCUCCCAGAAAGGAGUUCUGUGAGGUUCCUGGCAUGAAAUAUUCCCAAGGAACCAAGGAGGCUGCAAAAGAAGUCCCCUGCAACAUGAACAGGGAAAAGGUUGGCAGCAUUAAACCUGCGGAGGUCAGUGAGGUUGGUACAGCGAAAGCCCUUAAUAUUUCAAAGGAGGUGGUCCCCCACCCUGGCAUAGAGGAGGUCCAUAACGGCAACCUUAAAAAAGGCCCUGUCCCUGGGGUGAAAGGAGCUCCUGCCCCUGCCCCUCCCGCUGCCCAUGUGGUGAAAGAUGCCCCUCCCCCUCCCACUGCCCCAGGGGUUAAAGAAGCCCCUGCUCCUGCCCCUCCCACUGCCCCUGUGUUUAAAGAUGCCCCUGCCCCUCCCACUGCCCCUGUGUUGAAAGAUGUCCCUCCCUCUGCCCCUGCCCCUCCCACUGCCCCUGGGGUGAAAGGAUCCCCUGCUUGUGCCCCUCCCACUGGCCCUGUAGUGAAAGAUGCUCCUCCCUCUGCCCCUGCCCCUCCCACUGCCCCUGUGUUGAAAGAUGCCCCUCCCUCUCCCCCUGCCCCUCCCACUGCCCCUGGGGUGAAAGGAGCCCCUGCUUCUGCCCCUCCCACUGGCCCUGUAGUGAAAGAUGCCCCUCCCUCUGCCCCUGCCCCUCCCACUGCCCCUGGAGUGAAAGGAGCCCCUGCUUCUGCCCCUCCCACUGCCCCUGUAGUGAAAGAUGCCUCUCCCUCUGCCCCUGCCCCUCCCACUGCCCCUGGGGUGAAAGAAGCCCCUGCUUCUGCCCCUCCCACUGCCCCUGUGUUGAAAGAUGCCCCUCCCCCUCCCUCUGCCCCUGGGGUGAAAGGAGCCCCUGCUUCUGCCCCUCCCACUGCCCCUGUAGUGAUAGAUGCCCCUCUCACUGCCCCUGCCCCUCCCACUGCCCCUGGGGUGAAAGGAGCCCCUGCUUCUGCCCCUCCCACUGCCCCUGUAGUGAAAGAUGCCCCUCCCACUGCCCCUGUAGUCAAACAGUCUUCUGCCCCUGGGGUGAAAGAAGCCCAUGCUCCUUCUCCUCCCACUGUCCCUGUGGUGAAGGAUUCCCCUGAGAUGAAAAAAGGCCCUGCCCCUACAGAAGCCUCUUAUACUAUCUGCAGUGCUGAACCACAGCAGGUAAAACUGCCUGGCUCUCAGUUAGCAGACCAAAGUGUUGAUCUGAAAGGAACCCCUGACAUGGUCAAGAAGGAAGUCAGUGGAAUACACUCUCAGGCUGUCUGCAGUGCUGGUGGCACAAACAAAGGCCAUGACACUCAAAAACAGGUUUGCAAAAUUGGUCCAGCAGAGGUUGUAGAAGAAACAGUGAAUGUACCCAGGAAACCUCCUUCCACAAAGCUAGCGGAUAUGUGCUCUAAAGGAGAUGUCUGUGAGCUUUCCUUGGGGAGUAACAUUGCCCCAGAAGUCCUGGAGCCUGCAUCGGCCAAAACUCCCGAACUCAGCCCUGCUGUGCCCAGCAUAGUUGAGACGGUACGUCCUGAGGGACAAAAUCUCAAAGCAGCUUCCAUGAAGCAGAAGAAGACUGAGAAGGACACUCACCCUGGGCACCAGCAGCAGAUGCUCACAGCCGUGACUCAAAAGAAGGACUUGCCAAAGGCGGCAAAGAAAGUUCUAAAAAAGAAUGACGAUAAGAUGAGACCAAAAGAAGGGAGAGCUGCACCGGAGGUGAAGGGCUACAUAAGAGCCACGCAGUCGAGGUCAGCCCAGAGACUGGAUUACAAGACUCCUGGUCCCAGAGCCCAGGAUGAGCCGAGCCCAAGGCACUUGAGCUGUGAGGAGGAGAAUGUGCUGCAGAGGACCGCUACUGGGCCAGAUGAAGCUCCGGUGAAAGCGGUGGAGAAGGCAGAGAAAGACGCCGCAGCAAACGGGAUCAGCGCUGCGCCCAAUAAGGAGCUGCCACCAAGCCCAGAGAAGAAAACCAAGUCUGCCGCAGCCACCACCACUCCAUCUGCCAAGCCGAGCUCAGCAGCCAAACCGCGGCCGUCCUCAUUGUCAACAGCGGGCGCCCCCAAACGCCCUGCCUCCGCCACCACCCCCAACAAAAAAACACCCACCUCAGCAACCACGCCCACCAAGAGAGCCACGCCCACCACACCGCGCCCUGCCUCCACAACACCCAGAGACACCAAGCCCAAGCUCUCGGAUGCUCGCAGUCCAGUGAAGAGCCCUGAGAAGCGCCCUGCAGUCCCCAAGGCCAGCCCUGCUCCUGUUGCUAAACCUCCUGUCCCAAAGAGCAGUGUCACCCCCAAGCCAGCCACGCCCCGCGCCCCAGUCCAGAGGAACAGCACCAGCACCAGCACCAGCACCAGCACCCCACCCAAGAGGCCCACAUCUAUCAAGACUGACUCCAAACCAACAGAUGUGAAGAAAACAAGUACAGCGAAAUCACCAUCAGCAGACCCCAGCAGACCACGGGUGGCUCCAGUCGGCUCCAGGAGUAACGCCACCACCCCCAGCAGCCCAGGAACCCCUUUGGCUGCUAACCGCACCCGUACCCCCAAACCCCCGACCCCCACUGCCACCGCCGACAAGAAGCUGACCCCCCAGCGAGGACCCCCCAAGACCAGCCCUGCCCCCAAAACCACCCCCCGCCCCGCCAGUGCUGCCGGAGCAGGCACCCCGACCCCCGUCAUCAAGAACGUGAGAUCAAAGAUCGGCUCCACUGACAACAUUAAGUACCAGCCAGGAGGAGGCAAGGUUCAGAUAGUCACCAAAAAAAACGACUACAGCCAUGUCACUUCGCGCUGUGGCUCCAAGGACAAUAUCAAGCAUGUUCCUGGUGGUGGGAAUGUCUCAAAAGCACAAAAAUCUGCUCCCCCGAGCCACACGCAAAGCACCGUCAGCUCCAAGCAAUCCAGUGUGCAAAUUCUCAACAAGAAAGUGGAUUUGAGCAAAGUCACAUCGAAAUGUGGUUCCAAGACGAAUAUCAAUCACAAGCCAGGUGGUGGUGAAGUGAAGAUUGAGAGCCACAAGACGAACUUAAAAGAGAAGACUCAAUCGAAGAUAGGCUCCAUGGACAACGUGGGGCAUGAGCCAGGCAGCGGGAAUGUGAAGGCUGAGGGGGAGAAGGAGGAAGCGGCAGCUGAGGGAACUCUGGUUCCCCCUAGUGGUGCUCUGAGUGUAGCUCCACCAGGGAGCGAGGCGCGGGAGAAUGGAGUAAGAGAGACUCCUGCCUGCACCGGGGAGACGAGAGAGACAAAGGGUCUGGACCCCCACAUCCCGGAGACAAAUUGAGUCUCACAAGCUGAUGUUUCGCAAGAAUGCCCGGGCUCGCACGGACCACCGAGCCGAACUCAUCUACAAAUUCCACUCCCGAGCAGCUACGCCAUCCCCACCCACCCCCCCCACCCCGCGAUCACACAGCGCCUCUCUCAGUGAGUCUGUAGGCUCCGCCCGCAGCGCCCACUCCCCGCCAUCCCAGCAUGCACGCUGCCACAAGAAGUCAUCGCAGCGCUGGGCUGAUGGGGGGGUGUGUGACUCCGUCUCCCUUUCUUCUUAUACUCUUCUAGCGUGGUUAUCUUUUCUUUUGUCUCUCUCUAAGUUUUUUUUUUUUUUUAGAUUGUAAAUAGUCCAGGAGGUUUUGAGGUGAUUUCUGUGUAGGUGCACCUGCGGUUAAACACCCUGGCUGGCUGUCACUCGCUCUCGCUCUGUCUCUCUUUAAAUCAAUGAAAUUGAUAAUUAGAUUUAAGGAAUCAUUUUAUGCAUACUUGGGAGUUCUCCCCCCAGGAACAGACCAUGUUUGAUCCUCUGAUAAUUUAGAAACACACAUAGAAAGAAACUUAAUAAAUUAAAUGACAGGAGUUUGGACUAGAAGCCUUUCUCGGUGUCCAUAGCAUUAGUAUUUCUGAGUGAAUAAUAGUUGUGGAGGAACCUCUUAUAACCAACCCAAUAUAAGUAUACUUGUAUAGACACUACAUUCACCAGCUUGUUGAGCAUCCAAGAUGCACACGGAUCCAGGAUUAGUUUAGGCAGCAACUGUUGUCCUCCUGUUGUCUGCUCGGUCAUGUCACAAUUUAAGUUUGGAUAAUGCCUUCCCUGUUGUAGUCCUAGCAGAAUAGGGCUGGUUUGAUCACAGCACAAACUCUGCAUGUGCAUUUUCGGAGGGCACUGCGGAUAUUGAAUGUAUGAUUUCUGUGAUUUAAAUGGAGAGAGCGAGUCAUUCCUUAUUUAUUACGUUAUUUCGAAACUUUGUUUUGACUGCCUAACUCUUAAAGGGUUGGCUGCAGGGUUGCCCUUAUAAAUGUUUCCCCAUAGUAAAAGCAUAGCAAAGUGAGAUUUAAGCAUGGUUAAACAUAGGUAUGAUUGUAAAGCACAGAGACUUGUGGUUAAGCCUAUUAAAAAAAAGAUGGCAAAGCAUGGUAAACUAAUCCUUAUAAAAGUUUCCCAUAGUAAAAGCAUAGCAAGUGUAAUAAAGCACAGUGAUAAUGCAUAGGUAGUAGAAGUAUGGUAAAGAAAAAAAAAGAAAACAUGUUAAAUGAUGAGCCUGAGAAAGGCAUGGCAUAAUGACCGUGGUAAACUUUUAUAAGGACAGUAACAGUGAGAUGUAUGUGAUGUUUUUUUUCUUGUUUUGAAGUGGAAUGAGCCAGUGUGUUUAAAAGCAGUACCACUGAACCCAGACAACACUCCCUCUGAUCUCCCCCUCUCUGUCAUGCCUCUACUCUGUGAUCCUGAUCCAUGACAUCUAGGAGAUUUACUGUUUGAACUGUAGACUUUUAAAAAUCUUUAAACUGUUUUGUGGUGAAGUGUUUGAAUAUAUUACUGUAUAAUGAAUAACUGCAGUGUUUUAGUUUGUUUUUUUCUUUGUCUUAAAAAGCAAUGUUCUUGUUGUUAAUCUGGUAAAAAGCUUGUGACAGACCGAGCAAUGUGGAAAGCGGGAGCGUGGGGUGUUUUUGAGUGGAUUUUCCUCCUCGGAGGGGAAGAAUUUCAGAAGCCAUUUCUAAGCAAGGGAAGGUUUUCAGGUUGAAUUAGGUCCCUAGAGAUUGAGGAAAGGGAUCUAGGAGUCACUUUAUACAGAAAGUGCUAUUGAACAAGGGAAUUGAGGAAGAACAUUCUUGUCUCUGACUCCAGCUACUUUCACCCUCUCAUGUUAUUAUUGUGUUAUCCCUGUAAGGAAAAAACAGACUGACAAAUUGGUUUUUGAUCAAAAACACUUUCUAUGAAAGAAAGUUAUAUCCCCAAUACAAUCACAUACACAUUGUUACAAUCCUACUUCAACUGCAAGUCUCCGUCUGACUCAAUGUGUAUAUGUGUUUGUAUUAGAGCACAGAUAUCAGUGGGUUCAAUUCAAGGAAAUGAAAGGAACAACUUAUAGCAGGAAAACACACAUAUUUACACACAGACAUCAUGGUGAUUCCCCUCCCAUCUUCUUAUUCAAUAUCCAAUUGUUGAGGUAACCACCUGUUAACUCACACCUUUAACACACCUCCUGUUCAGGACGGAAGGGGGGUGGAAUCAUCCCAAAUCUAUAGAACAUUCUAUGACACUUAAAUUCUAUGACUUAAAUUAACUAAAUUGACUUAACGUCCUACUUUCGUUGCUGUAAAAGCUGGUUCAAACUGGUAUGCUCUUUGUUUCUAGCUCUGUUCACACCUUGCCCACACAUACAAACUUCUUUCCAUCGGUCUGUGUAUCUAAACUAGACACCUGUUACGUUUGGCUGUCUGCCGAGACAUUUAAUUUGUGACUUCUGAGUCUGAGACAGGAUGCAGGUACCCGGUUUGCUUCUUUAAAGAAAGCCAUAAAGUGUUCCUUCUGAUUUUUUUUUUUUUUUUACUUUAGCUUAUUACAUAUUUAAAAUAUAAAACUGUAUAAUCAAAACAAACUUAGAAUCAGUACUCAAUUAUAUAAUACUUUAUGCAAAAAGCCUAUUUUAAUUGUAGAGCAAGCAAACUAACAUACCCUUCGUGGUAGCCAUUUCUACAGCCCUUAAAUAUAUCAUUCGUCAUUGCUGAAGUGUUCUUUAAUGUAGUGCCAGUUUGGACUGUCCCAGUCACCUCUCACUGGAGUUUACCCUUCCCAACGGCAACACCUUUUAAAGAUUGGCUGAUCAUCCCUGCCCAACGCUGUGCUUGUACCAUUCAUGAGAUGUUUUCAAUCAUGAAAGUCAUAGAAAGUAUUUAAACUGCAUAUAUAUCACAGCAGCAUUCUUAGAAGAGUGACAGGAUGACCAGAAAAGGAAACUGGUUAUGAUUGGAGACAAGAAUGUGCUUUGGUUAAAUGGUAAGCUGGUGUAGGUAGAAACCGGGUCUAACUGAAUGUUCAGUAAGUAAUCUUGCAAAAACUCCUUUUAACAUUUGUCUUCCCAGGACUAAAUGUCCCCACUCCCCCUUUAAUUAGCCCAGUCCUGGUUUGUUCGGAGGCUGUGUGUGUAGCUGACAGGGUUAACAGCAUGGGAGCAAGGGACUGGAGGUCUGUAGGGCAGAAAGAGUUUGACUAAGAUCCCAACAAUGCAAGACAAGUCCAGUAAGAGUUGGAUAGACUUUAAAUGCAAGUAGUAAUGGAUCCAGAUCUUGUAACACUGAAAUCCCUGAAAACUAGGCUUGUUCCUUUUCAGCAUUUAUCUAAGAGCAGCUCACACAAUAUGAUAAUAAACCACAUACCGGCUAGAGUAACAUACAAGUUAUUUUUUUACCUCGAAACAGCUCAAAAACAAGGGGAUUAAUUACAGUAUUUUAUCAGCCCCUGAAAAAUAGCAAGCUAGUUUGAACUAUUUUAAUGAUUUGGUAGAACUCAUGAAGUUGUUCUGGCCAUUUUGUUUAUUGCACGUGGAUCAUCAUCUUUUCAAAUUAUUACAAAUCCUGAGGUUUCAGCACCCCCUAGCUGCAGGGAUGAUUAACAAACACGCAGAAUUGUGUCAUAAAGGUUUUAUACUUCCUGUAUUAUGAACGAGGAACAGGCAGAUAGGCCAAACUGUCUGCCUCAAUUUGAAAUGCAUUUAAAAAGGGAGGCUGCGUUAAACAGGAUCAUGUUUGGAACAUGCAUGCAUUCAAUAGUUCAGGAGGAUCACGGCAAGUGAGGACAGGAUCUUUCACUUUGGAUCCAUUUGAACCAAUAGCGUUCUGGGUACUUAGCAAGGUGCUGUCUGUUAUUUGAGAAGUCAUUGUUUUAAAACUUCUACUCCAUUGAAAUCUGUUUAAUGUUCUGAAGGACACAGCAGUGCGCAGAGAAUUUACUUUUUAAAUAAUGCGAGUUCUAACAGGGAUCAAAAUUAACUGGGAGAGGGAGCGGUCUUCAGAGAACAAGCAGGGCUGCACACACCCUGUUUCUCUCAUCCUCCCUCUCUACAGAUCUAAGAUCACACGAGUUGUAUUGACACAUGUCCACCACACUGCACUUGUAAUUGUUUUAUAUAUAAAUAAAUUAAUUGUGUGAUUUCUAAGAAGUCAUUUUUAAAAAAUGUCCACAAAAAAAUCUUUCACUGUGUUCAAACAAAUGCUAAAACAGGAAACCAAUGAUAAAUGUAUUGAAGGGAAAAAAAUGUUGCAAUAUGUAAUAUUUAUUGUUAAUAAUUGUUAAAUAAUUAAACCAAUAUUUGGGGGGGGGGGGGGUAUCAUGUUGCAUUAGUGACUUGCUUUCCCUUUAAAUCUGAGUUUUGAACACCCACAAGAAUUUAGCGUAGCCCUAAACUGGGAUCUGAGCUUCUGCUUAGAUUUUUUUAAAGGAUAUAAAAGAGAAUCACUGAUCAUGAGAAAAUCAAAAGCUUGCAUUGCCUGUGUAAAAUAAAUACAUUCAUUGAUAUAAACAGAUAGGAAGAUAGUAAGGGUUCGAACCCAUGUGACUUUGGGUUCACACAUUAGUCACGUUACCACUGUUACCACAUCACAUUUAUAUUGGAGCAGAAGAAUUUGGAAAUGACAUGCAACAUUGUUAAAAGCUAGUUUAAAUAAUAAAUAUUGAACCCUUCUUUCUUGCUAUGUGAAACAGCAAUGUAGCACAGUACACAAGAUCAGUGGAAAUAUAAAGUGUAUUGCAGUACACCUGCACCAAAAAUGACUUGUGGGACAUGUCUUGUUUUUCUAAAUUGGGCACCAUCUCUUCGAUAAUUUUGAUCCCGUGCAAAGAUGAACAGAAGGAACGGGAUGUGUCUGAAGUUAUGAAAAUGCAAAGGUUAUAAAAUGAAUUGAAAGAACUGGGCAAUUUUGUUAUUUGCAUUUUUACAAAGGACUUUGGGGACUUUAAACUACAGAGAAUGCAAUAAUGUUUUUGUUUUCCAAGGCAAAGUUAGAUCAAAGACGUUAUUUCGAGUGACGAUGAUGAAAAGUUUGUAGAUUUCUUUUUAAAUAUAUGUAUUCUAUAUUUUCUGGUCCUACACUAGAAUGAAUGCCUAUUGAACUGGUGUUAGUUCUCUGGUGAGGAGUGACUGCGUUAGCAGAGUUUCAUAUGUGGAUAUUAUUAAUGUGCUUACGGUGCCACUUUCAUUCUCGACUGAGUUCUUGUGCCUGUCUGCGGCAAGUUUUACUAUAACGUACCAAUGCUGGUUUCUACUGCUGCUUUCCACGGUCAUCCUUGCUGUGUCUUCAGACGUGUAUGUAUAUAUAUAUCUCUAUAUAUGUGCACACAGAUAUUAUCUCUUUACAUUCAUUAAAUGGUUGUUGAGUACAACUACUGCUUUACGCACCUUUAUUUUAUUUUAAGGUUCUGUUAUAGGGCUGGAGAGAAAGAAUGUUAAAAAAAGACUUUAAAGCACGUGUCUAUAUAAGUGCUUGUAAGUCUUUUUUCAUAUAUAUAUGAUUUAAAGAGAGAGGGGGAAGGGGUGUGUGUGCAGAUUUAGUUUUGUAUUUGCACUAAAGGCGUCAGAUUUAUACUGCAAACUGUCUAAACUGUAAAUUCUGCACAUGUCUUUUUUUCAAAAUAAUGCAGUGGCAUCUUUUUUGUGCCAGUGAAAAUUCAGAUAAUCUUUCUCCCCAGACACAGAUUGACAGUGCCUGGGAAUGGAUUACAGGAGACCUGUCGGCACACACCCCGCACCCCCCCCCCCCCGAACACUCACACACACACAGCCUCUGAACUGCAUGGGGAAUGUCAGUAACAAGUGCGAUGAUCCACAAUCUCUGCUUGUAUAUUUGUGAUAUCAGUCUCCAGCAAUGCAGUUGAGAGAUAUCUUGUCCUGCUUCCUAGUAGAGCAUAGGAUGUGUAAAAAUGUGUUAGAAUAAAAUAACACACAAAAGGCAUGCAGAAGUAUAUGCUUUCUUUUAAAUAAACGUCUUUCAUUUGCAGGUUUUUAUUUUAGUUUUUUGGUUUAUUUGGUUUGAAGGAAGUGUUUAUUGUGGUACUUGUUAACUAGUUACUAAUAAACCUAAAUAAAGAAGAAAUAUGAGAAAUAUUGUA